CUAGGUGACUGGUUCUUUUUGAAGAGGAAACUUUACAUAGGGUAAGGAAUUCCAGACAGCAAAACAUGGUCUUGAAAUUGAUCAUUACUCUUGUGAAGCCUACCCAACUUUAACGUGUAUUAAACAAGUUGGAUUGAUUUAAGACCACAAACACAUGCACUAAUUAAACAAGGGUUUUUUCCAUAAAAUGAUAUAAGAAUUUGAUCAGCGUCUCCACAAAUUUUCCAAGUAUUUUAACAUAGACAUAAACUAUUUAAUAUUCUAAAAGAAAAUGUAUGGUUGAGUUCUCUGGUUCUCUCUUCUCUGGGUGAUAGAAAGUCAAACAUGUAGCCCAAAUUCAGUUUUUGCAUCAAAAACGUCUCGAAACCAGCAUUAACAAUUCGAUAAAUGAAUUCAUAGAUUGAGCUCAAAGCACACCACGUGAUCAUCAGUUGUUAGUUUGCCCUGCACUAGCUAAGCUGUAACCUUUCUCCUUUAUGCAUUUCAACUACAAUGUACCAGCAGUCUCUGAUUUUUGGUUCAGUUAGACAAUUCAAAGGAAAAAAAAAGUAAAGAGCAGGCAGCCAAAAAAUAUGCUCCCAUAGUUCCUCACAACCUGCUAGAAUCAAUAUCAUUUCAAUGACUCUUUAUGACUCGUAUGAGGAACUUUGCCAAAAAGGAGAAAUUGUUACAUGAACUUGAAGUAAAAACCUCGUCACUCCACCCUCGUUGUAUAAAAUAGUUUCACAAUGAAAAAUUUCACAUUCUUGGGAUGAAUUGAUCUCUACAACAGCAUAUGGCAUCUGCUGCCACACCAGCAUUUCCUUCUACCAACGAGACAACCAACUAUGCUCGACUGUGUCGCCUUCUGGUGGAUGUUGGAUCUCAGGCUUUGAGAGACACUUUUGAUGCCAUACACCCUCCCACAAGACUUCAUGCAGUUUUGGGGCGUCACCCAGAGCAUGCAACACUACAGUCUCUGAGGAAGAAGAGAAUCCUGAAUCCUAUACAGUGGGGUAAGUUGUAUCCAACUAUACCAUCAUCCGUCUCAUCAAAAAACUUUGAUAUAACUUUACUGAUGGUGCUACUGAGGAAUAUCUGUGGGUUGCCUCAUCCCACCACUGGAUGGGACAAUCUUCCCCCAGCUGCAGAUGUGAGUAAAGAGGCCAACAUAGCGAGGCUGAAAUACUAUCGUAAUAAUGUGUACGGCCAUGCCAGCCAAGCCUCUGUGGAUGAUGCAACAUUUAACAACUACUGGCAGGAUAUCCGCAAAGCCAUAUUAGGACUGGUAGGAGCAGGUUAUGGAGCUGCUAUCAGUAACCUUAAGAAUGAGUCCAUAGACCCUGCUACGGAAGAACACUACAGGCAGCUGCUAAAGCAGUGGAAGCAAGAUGAAGACAACGUCAAAGAAACGAUCAGGGAGUUUGAAGAGCGAACCAGACAAGAGUUGCAGCAGAUCAGUAGUGAAGUGCGAAACAUUGGAGAAAAGUUGGACACCCAGCUGAAAGAGGACACGAGGAAUGAAGGCAAAGAACUCGAUCAGCACUACAUGAUAGAACAUGCAAUUAAAUUGUGUCCACAAUUUCCAUUUAACGCGUGGAUUCUAUUUAAAACUGCGAACUCACAAAGAAAUUUAUCUAGUCGCACCAACCAAGAUCUCAGCUACUUUUGAAAGUUAAGAAGGCAUUAUUUGUGAUCGGAUGUAAUUCAAAAAGGGUC